AUGGCAAGCACAGAUGAGAUUACUAAUUCUCCCAAGGCAGAAAUUAUGGCAUCGUCUUCAACUCCAACAAAGAUCGUGCGGUACGAUGUAUUCAUAAACCAUUGUGGCCCUGACACCAAGCAAAUCCUAGCCGCCACAAUCUACCGUGCCCUAAAACUCAUGGGACUUGAAGUUUUCUUAGAUGAACCAGUAGAUGAACCAGAGCUCGAUCUUGGCGAUUCCAUACCGUCUCAAAUACAACACGCCAUCACUACUUCUUUCCUUCAUAUUGCUAUCUUUUCACCCAAAUAUGCAGAAUCCCCUUGGAUUCUGGAAGAGUUGUCUCUUAUGCUCAAAACUGGCCAGGCAAUCAUUCCUGUGUUUUACAAUGUUGAACCCAGUGAUAUCCAUUGGAUUUGUAAAGGAAAAGGAGUCUAUGCUGAAGCAUUUUUAGAGCUUUAA